AAACCCCUGCACUACGGGACCCUCCUGGGCAGCAGAGCUUGUGCCCACAUGGCAGCAGCUGCCUGGGCCAGUGCCUUUCUCAAUGCUCUGCUGCACACAGCCAAUACAUUUUCCCUGCCCCUGUGCCAGGGCAAUGCCCUGGGCCAGUUCUUCUGUGAAAUCCCCCAGAUCCUCAAACUCUCCUGCUCACACUCCUACCUCAGGGAACUUGGGCUUCUUGCUGUUAGUGCUUUUCCUAUCUUUGGUUGUUUUGUGUUCAUUGUUUUCUCCUAUGUGCAGAUCUUCAGGGCUGUGCUGAGGAUCCCCUCUGAGCAGGGAAGGCACAAAGCCUUUUCCACCUGCCUCCCUCACCUGGCUGUGCUCUCCCUGUUCUUCAGUACUGGCACGUUUGCCUACCUGAAACCUGCUUCCAUCUCCUCCCCAUCCCUGGAUCUGGCCCUGUCAGUUCUGUACUCAGUGGUGCCUCCAGCCCUGAAUCCCCUCAUCGAACUGGAGAAGAGAGCAAGGCUACAAGAUAAGAUACAGAAGCAAGAAUGUGCAAACAGUGUGAAAGAGCAAGGCCCCUUCGAGAUAAGGGGGAUUCUUCAGACCCCUGAGCCAGAAAAACUGGUAUCAAGGGUCAUCUGUGUCCAAGCUGACCAGGAGGACACAACCAGGUCCAUCAUCCUCUCCAGGCACAUCAGGUACGCCCAGGAACUCCAGUGGACCCCUUAG